AUGUGGACAACCACCAGCGGCUUGAGUGGUCGAUCGCUCCGGUUGAGCAUCACCAUCGCUGCUGUCGUGGGUUUCUCGCUCUUCGGCUACAAUCAGGGUAUGAUGGCCGGCCUUCUCAACGGCGACGAGUUUGUAAACUCCUUCCCAAUCCUCAGAAUGCCCGAGGAUGCGACCUCGGCGCAAGAACAAUACGUCAACGUCAUCCGCGGUGCUGUCACAUCCUGCUAUGAGCUUGGAUGCUUCUUCGGCGCGUUAUUCUCCAUGUUUUUCGGAGACAGACUCGGCCGCACAUGUCUCAUCUUUAUGGGUGCCAGUAUCUUGAUCAUUGGUGCCGUCAUUACAUCUGUCUGCUUCACCGGAAACUGGGAAGUCGGUCAGUUCGUCAUCGGCCGUGUUGUAUCUGGAAUUGGCAACGGUAUGAACACCGCCACAAUCCCAGUCUGGCAGUCGGAAUGCUCCGGUGCCCACAAUCGUGGAUUCCUGGUCUGUUUUGAAGGUGCGAUGAUCGCUGGUGGCACCUUUAUUGCCUACUGGGUCGUCUUCGGUCUCUCGCACGCCGCAGAUAGUGUCCAGUGGCGAUUCCCCAUCGCACUCCAGAUCUUGUUCGCUAUAGUUGUGGCCGGCGGUGCCUUGAUGCUUCCGGAUUCCCCCUCGUGGUUUGUGUCUAGAGGACAUGACAAGGAGGCCUGCGAGGUGCUCGCUAGACUCAAUGGCACCACUGUUGAUGACGACAAAGUACUUAAAGAAUUCAAUUUCUUAAAGCAGGACGUGGAAUCUUCGAAGCGCACACAGGCAGGCUGGUCGGCAAUCUUCAAAACCAGCAAGACCCAGGAUCUCCAGCGCCUCCUCAUUGGUUGCUCUGGCCAGUUCUUCCAGCAGUUCACCGGCUGUAACGCUGCUAUCUACUACUCAACGCUACUUUUCCAGGAAAACCUGCACAUGGAGAAAACCCUAUCUCUGAUCAUGGGUGGUGUGUUCGCUACCGUCUAUGCCAUUGCAACCAUCCCCUCCUUUUUCAUGAUUGAGAGAGUUGGCCGUCGCAAUUUGUACUUGAUUGGUUUCCUCGGCCAGGGACUCAGUUUUGUUAUCACAUUCGCUUGCUUGAUCAAGGAGAGCGAGCAGAACGCCAAGGGCGCUGCCGUUGGAAUCUUCCUCUUCAUCAUCAACGCCCUCCGUACCCGUACUGUGGGCGCGUCGGCGUCGACCUGCACCAACUGGAUCUGCAACUUUGCUGUGGUCAUGUUCACGCCGCUUUUCGCUGGCCAGAGUGCAUGGGGUGUUUAUCUCUUUUUCGCACUGUUCAACUUCAUCGGCUUGGUAUUCGGCUUCUUCUUCUAUGUUGAGACAGCCGGGCGUGAGCUUGAGGAGGUCGACAUAAUCUACGCGAAAGCCAAGGCCGAAGGCAAGAUGGCGUUCAGGGUCGCCCACGACAUGCCCAAGCUCAGCUUCGAAGAGAUUCUCGAACAUUCUCGCGACCUGGGAUUGGGUACCAACGAGCAUGUCGCACAUGAGAAGAGCGAGCUUGGCCUCAGCAGUGACAGUGGCCAGGAGAUUGAGGAGGUCCAGGAGAAGCGCUAG